GAGUCUGCGGAGUCUACAGGCCUGGGCGCCAAGGGCCCUUGCGGGGGCCUUUGUGACGCUGCGUUCCAGGCCGUCUGCUCCCGCGCAUCACUGGAACCUUGUAGCGCCGCCUAAGGGCUACUCUCCGCACUUUCCGUCCUCUCGGCUGUGCCCGCAGCCGGGGCAGCAGGAGCGACCCGGCCAGCGGAGGUGGUGGCGGCGUGGGCAGCAUGAGCAACUACCAGAGACGGGUGGUGAUCGACAACGGCUCGGGAGUGGUUAAGGCGGGCCUGGCUGGAUCCCGGGAGCCCCAGUUUAUCUACCCGAACAUUAUCGGCCGCGCCAAAGGCCACAGUUGCGCGGCGGAAGGCGCGCAGGAGCUGUGGGUGGGUGACCAAGCGCAGGAGAGAAGAGGCUCGCUGUGCAUCAACUACCCAGUGGAGCGUGGUCUCAUUACUUCCUGGGGGGACAUGGAGAUCACAUGGAAGCAUAUCUAUGACCACAACCUGAAGCUAAAGCCCUGUGAGGUCCCAGUCUUGAUUACUGAGCCAGCACUGAACCCAUUGGCCAACCGACAACAGAUCACUGAAGUGUUUUUUGAGCAUCUGGGGGUUCCUGCCUUCUAUAUGUCCAUCCAGGGGGUGCUGGCUCUCUUUGCUGCUGGCUUCACAACUGGCUUUGUGAUGAAUUCAGGUGCUGGGAUUACCCAGUGUGUCCCCAUUUUUGAAGGUUACUGUCUUCCUCAUGGCGUCCAGCAGCUACAUCUGGCUGGCCUUGACCUCACCAACCACCUCACAAUGCUGUUGAAGGACCAUGGCAUCAUGCUGCUUGGUGCUGCAGACAGAAAGACUGUUGCAGACAUUAAGGAAACCUCUUGUUAUGUGGCAAUGAACUAUGAAGAGGAAAUAGCCAAGAAAUCUAGUGCUAUAGAGAAAGUUUACCAACUGCCUGAUGGGAAGAUGGUCAAGCUCCAUGACCAGCUCUUUCGAUGUCCAGAGGCCCUCUUCUCUCCAUCUCUCAUGAACCUUGAGACUCCUGGCAUUGAUAAGAUGUGCUUCAGCAGCAUAAUGAAAUGCGAUUCAGAUUUGAGGAAUUCCUUUUUCUCCAAUAUUAUCCUUGCUGGGGGAUCAACCUUGUUCCCUGGUUUAGACAAGCGGCUAGUUAAAGAUAUAGCAAAUGUGGCACCUGCCAAUACCCCUGUGCAAGUUAUAGCUCCCCCAGAAAGGAAAAUAUCAGUAUGGAUGGGAGGCUCUAUUCUGGCAUCCCUGUCUGCCUUCCAGGACAUGUGGAUCACUGCUGCAGAAUUUAAAGAAGUUGGUCCCAACAUAGUACACCAGAGAUGCUUCUAAGUACAGACAAAUGGCUAGAAGAAAAUGUUUUGAGUGUGUGGGACAGAAAACUUUGGAUAUUAUGUUUCUGGGAAAAGAAAAUAUUUCAAUUAUCAGAAUGUCCAUGUUUCUGUUGCAUUUCUAUAAUGUGGAAAAAUAAUAGUGAAGCAGUCAACAGAUGUUUAUUGGGUAGGACCAAAUUAAAUGCUGGAGGAAACA